AUGGCAGGCAGCAGCCCUGCGCAGAAGCGAUGGGAAUUGGAGAAUAGCAUCCAGAAUAUUGAGGGAUCCGAUGCAUAUUACGUGUACGAUGGUGCAGAGCAGCAGGCACUGCAACAUCAGAAACCUUGGACGAAAGAUCCACACUACUUCAAGCAUGUUCGGAUAUCUGCACUAGCACUGCUGAAAAUGGCCAUGCACGCCAAGUCUGGCGGAAACCUGGAGAUCAUGGGCAUGCUGUAUGGCAAAAUCCAGGACGAUGCUUUCAUCGUGGUCGACGCGUUUGCAUUGCCAGUGGAAGGCACAGAGACCCGAGUGAACGCUCAGGCUGAAGCCUAUGAGUUCAUGGUGGAUUUCAAUGAGAGCACUAAGGUGGUGGGGCGCUUGGAGAACAUGGUGGGCUGGUAUCACAGCCACCCGGGGUACGGCUGCUGGCUGUCCGGCAUAGAUGUGUCCACCCAGUCAAUCCAGCAGCAGUACCAGGAGCCCUUCCUGGCCAUCGUCGUCGACCCUCACCGCACCAUCGCAGCUGGCAAGGUCGAGAUCGGCGCGUUCCGCACAUACCCAGAGCACUACAAGCCGCCGGAUGAGCCGCCGUCAGAGUACCAGACGAUCCCGCUGAGCAAGAUCGAGGACUUUGGCGUGCACUGCAAGUCCUACUACAGCCUCGACAUCACGUUCUUCAAGUCCAGCAUUGACGCCGGCCUGCUCGACCUGCUCUGGGCCAAGUACUGGGUCAACACUCUGGCAUCCUCCCCGCUCUUGUCCACCCGCGACCUCACCGCUGGCCAGAUCAAGGACAUUGCGGAGAAGCUGGAAGCGUGUGAGGGCCAGGUGGCACAAGGUGGCGCAAGGUCGCGCUUCUCUGGCACGAGCGACAAGAAGCAGACGGCGGCUGACCAGCAGCUGCACAAGAUCUGCUGCGACGCGAACAAGCUUGCCCUGGAGCACAUCAAGGGUGUCAGCGCACAGGUUGUCAAGGACAUCCUGUUCAACCGCACUAUCACGCCGAGCACGCAACCCACACCACAAGCUACCCCCAUGGAGUCCUAG